AUCACCACCGGUUGAACCCAUCAUCAGCGAUUCGAACACGGAAUUUAUAGUGAUUUAGAUGGUAAAUUGAGCCUGAUUACACGUCACAACCGAAAAUGGCGUUAAAAGAAUUGCUCGGAAUGUGUCGGCUGUGUUUAAAAUCGCACUCCAGCAUGCUGCGGAUCUUUAGUGACGAAGAACUCGUGCGGAAGCUUGAGCUUGUUUUUCGCUUUCCGAUCAUACUGUCCGAGUCAUUGUCAUCAUCGAUAUGUAAACCGUGCUACGAGACUGUGUUCCGCUUCUCCGAGUACAGCAACACGGUGGAGAAGAAUCAGCUCUACCUAGGGUCGCUAUUGGAUCAGCUGCCGAAAGCAACUAGCAAUUGCUCGGAGGAUGAAGAUAGUCUACCACUCUCUAGGUUACGUGGACCGGUUGCCAAAUCACCCUACAAAAGUGAUCACGAGGAGGCCGGCGCGGAUCGGGAGGAAUCGUUGCAAAAAGGAGUCAAAAAUCGGCCGGUUGGACGGGCUAGUGAACGGGAAACAGAUGCGCUAAUCCGGGAGUACGUCUCUCUGUGCUGCGACGUGUGUGGCACCGAGAUGGACAGCUUCCGAGCGCUUGCCGAGCACUGCAGGCUGCAGCAUAAAUCCGGAGCAAGGGUGACCUGGCUGGGCAAGCGUUUUUCUCGUCGCCAUCGUCUCGUCAACUUCAUUCGCCACCACCUCGAGCCACACGCGUUCAAGUGCGGCCAGUGUGGCCAGGUGUGUAAAAGUAAGGAGCUGUUACAGAUUCACCGGAAGCAGCAUCUACCGGUGGACGAGCGGGCUCAUCAGUGCGCAAUUUGUGGCCAGCGUUUCGCGCGCCGGUCUCAGCUGCUGAACCACAGCGCGUCGCACGAACGAAAGUAUAUCUGCAACGAGUGCGGGAAGGCGUUUGCCUUCCGGUACAUGCUAGUGAAGCAUGUGCAGCAUCAUCAAACGGGCCCAGAGCGGAAACAGUUCGUGUGCGAAUUCUGUGCCAAGUGUUGUACCUCGGAAGCAGGUUUGAAAACGCAUCUAGCAUCACAUAAUGGCAACGUCGCCAAGGAACCGCGCGUCCAGUGUACGCACUGCACUCAAUGGUACAAAAACAAAUCAAGCCUUCGGGUUCAUAUGCGCCGGCAUACGGACACCCGUACGCAUCGCUGUGAGCAGUGCGAUAAGAACUUUCCCACGAAAAACUCGCUCUGCGGACACAUGGCGUAUGUGCACGGCGAGAAGAAGGAUCGGUUUCCCUGUCCACAGUGUGACCGAACGUUUCGCCGGCGCCGGGAGCUAACAGAACACACGAGCCGCCACGCUGGCAAAGCGCUUUAUGAAUGUAAGGAAUGCGGUAAAUCUUUUUAUACCAGCUCGAGUUAUGCCACGCACCGCAAAAGAUUCCACGCAACCUGAGUAACCAGCUUUGUAGUUGAUGAUAAAGGUAGGUCGGUUUAAUUGCUUCGCUCAAACGCGCUUAGUUGGCCAUGAGUAAUGUUGCUACGAUGCGGCACCAGGGCGCUUUACGUAUAUUUAAAUGAUCUAUCUAGGAACUACAUUGCUGACUACCCCAAAUGAUUUUUCCCAUUUGAUGCGAUUUGAUUGCAACCAGCAGCAAAUGGAAGGUUUUAUGGAUUUUCGAACGAACAGAAAACGAAUGUAGUUUACAACUAAUUGUAUUCUCCUAUGAUCAAAUUGUUUGCAAAAAUAUUCAAGUGAAAUUGGGUAGUGUAAGGA